AUGCCUACACCGCCACCAAAAUCUUCUCCGCCAACCCCAACACCAACACCUCCACCAACUCUGACGCCAACAGUGCCACCAACAACACCAACAUCGUCACCAAAAUCUGCUCCGCCAACCCCAACACCUCCACUAACUCUGACGCCAACACUGCCACCAACUACACCAACACCGUCACCAAAAUCUGCACCUCCAACACCGACACCACCUCCAAAAUCUGCUUCGCCAACACCAGUAACAACACCAAAAUCUGCUCCGCCAACACCAACACCGUCACCAAAAUCUGCUCCCCCAACCCCAACACCAACACCUCCACCAACUCCAACGCCACCAACAACACCAACACCGUCACCAAAAUCUUCUCCGCCAACACCGACACAACCUCCAACACCGACACCAAAAUCUGCUCCGCCAACAGCAACACCGACACCAAAAUCUGCUCCGCCAACACCAACACCUUCACAAAAAUCUUCUCCUCCAACACCAACACCGUCACCAAAAUCGGCUCCUCCAACCCCAACACCAACACCUCCACCAACUCUGACGCCAACACUACCACCGAUAUCACCAACACCGUCACCAAAAUCUGCUCCUACAACACCGACACCACCUCCAAAAUCUGCUCCGCCAACACCAGCACCAACACCAAAAUCUGCUCCGCCAACACCAACACCGUCGCCAAAAUCUUCUCCCCCAACCCCAACACCAACACCUCCACCAACUCUAACGCCAACAACGCCACCAACAACACCAACACCCAACACCGACACCAAAAUCUGCUCCGCCAACACCAACACCUUCACCAAAUCUGCUCCUCCAACACCGGUACCGUCACCAAAAUCUUCUCCUCCAACCCCAACACCAACACCUCCACCAACUCUCACGCCAACAAUGCCACCAAUAACACCAACACCGUCACCAAAAUCGGCUCCGCCAACACCAACACCUCCACCAACUCUGACGCCAGCACUACCACCAACAACACCAACACCGUCACCAAAAUCUGCUGCUCCAACACCGACACUACCUCCAAAAUCUGCUCCGCCAACAUUAACACCUUCACCAAAAUCAGCUCCUCCAACACCAACACCGUCACCAAAAUCUUCUCCGCCAACCCCAACACCAACUCUGACGCCAACAUUUCCACCAACAAUACCAACACCGUCACCAAAAUCUGCUCCGCCAACCCCAACAACAACACCUCCACCAACUCUAACGCCAACAGUGCCACCAACACCAACACCGUCACCAAAAUCUGCUCCGCCAACACCAACACCUUCACCAAAAUCAGCUCCUCCAACACCAACACCGUCACCAAAAUCUUCUCCGCCAACCCCAACACCAACACUUCCACCAACUCCGACGCCAACACUGUCACCAACAACACCAACACCGUCACCAAAAUCUGCUUCUCCAACCCCAACACCAACUCCUCCACCAACUCUGACGCCAACACUGCCACCAACAACACCAACACCGUCACCAAAAUCUGCUCCUCCAACACCGACACCACCUCCAAAAUCUACUCCGCCAACACCAGCACCAACACCAAAAUCUGCUCCGCCAACACCAACACCUUCACCAAAAUCUGCUCCCCCAACCCCUACACCAACACCUCCACCAACUCUGACGCCAACACUUCCACCAACAACACCAACACCCUCACCAAAAUCUGCUGCUCCAACACCGACACUGCCUCCAAAAUCUGCUCCGCCAACAUUAACACCUUCACCAAAAUCAUCUCCUCCAACACCAACACCGUCACCAAAAUCUUCUCCACCAACCCCAACACCAACUCUGACGCCAACAAUACCAACACCGUCACCAAAAUCUGCUCCGCCAACCCCAACAACACCUCCACCAACUCUAACGCCAACAGUGCCACCAACACCAACACCAACACCGUCACCAAAAUCUGCUCCGCCAACACCAACACCUUCACCAAAAUCAGCUCCUCCAACACCAACACCAACACCGUCACCAAAAUCUUCUCCGCCAACCCCAACACCAACACUUCCACCAACUCCGACGCCAACAGUGCCACCAACAACACCAACACCAUCACCAAAAUCUGCUUCUCCAACCCCAACACCAACACCUCCACCAACUCUGACGCCAACACUGCCACCAACAACACCAACACCGUCACCAAAAUAUGCUCCUCCAACACCGACACCACCUCCAAAAUCUGCUCCACCAACACCAGCACCAACACCAAAAUCUGCUCCGCCAACACCAACACCGUCACCAAAAUCUGCUCCCCCAACCCCUACACCAACUCUGACGCCAACAACGCCACCAACACACCAACACCUGCCACCAACACCAACACCAACACCGUCACCAAAAUCUGCUCCGCCAACACCAACACCUUCACCAAAAUCAGCUCCUCCAACACCAACACCGUCACCAAAAUCUUCUCCGCCAACCCCAACACCAACACUUCCACCAACUCCGACGCCAACAGUGCCAACCACAACACCAACACCAUCACCAAAAUCUGCUUCUCCAACCCCAACACCAACACCUCCACCAACUCUGACGCCAACACUGCCACCAACAACACCAACACCGUCACCAAAAUAUGCUCCUCCAACACCGACACCACCUCCAAAAUCUGCUCCACCAACACCAGCACCAACACCAAAAUCUGCUCCGCCAACACCAACACCGUCACCAAAAUCUGCUCCCCCAACCCCUACACCAACUCUGACGCCAACAACGCCACCAACAACACCAACACCGUCACCAAAAUCUUCUCCGCCAACACUUCCACCAACUUUGACGCCAACACCGCCACCAACUACACCAACAUCGUCACCAAAAUCUGCUCCGCCAACACCAACACCUUCACCAAAAUCAGCUCCGCCAACACCAACACCGUCACCAAAAUCUGCAUCGCCAACACCAACACCGUCUCCAAAAUCUGCUCCGCCAGCACCAACACGUUCACCAAAAUCAGCUCCGCCAACACCAACUCCAAAAUCUGCUCCGCCAACACCAACACCGUCACCAAGAUCUGCACCGCCAACACCAGCACCGUCUCCAAAAUCUGCUCCGCCAACACUAACGCCGUCACCAAAAUCUACACCGCCAGCACCAACACCGUCUCAUAAAUCGGCUCCGCCAGCACCAACACCGACAUCUUCACCAAAACCUGCUCCGCCAGCACCAACACCGUCUCCAAAAUCUGCUCCGCCGACACCUACACCAGCACCAAUGAGUCAAGAAAUGUGCCCAAUAGACAUUGUGAAAUUAGGUGGUUGUGUAGAUGUGUUGAGUGGUAUAGUGGGGAUAAGCAUAGGUGGUAGUGCGAAGGAGAAAUGUUGUCCGUUGUUGCAAGGGAUUGCGGAUUUGGAUGCGGCUCUCUGUCUCUGCACCGCCAUUGAAGCCAAGGUAUUAAAUGUUAACAUCGUCUUGCCUAUUGCUCUUAAAGUGCUGAUCAACGACUGUGGGAAGCACCCACCUCCAGGAUUCAGCUGUCCUACAAGUCCACCACCAAAAUCAGCUCCGCCAACACCAACACCAACUCCAAAAUCUGCUCCACCAACACCAACACCAUCACCAAAAUCUGCACCACCAACACCAAUACCGUCUCCAAAAUCUGCUCCGCCAGCACCAACACCUUCACCAAAAUCAGCACCGCCAACACCAACACCAACACCGUCUCCAAAAUCUGCUCCGCCAGCACCAACACCUUCACCAAAAUCAGCUAAGCCAACACCAACACCAACUCCAAAUUCUGCUCCGCCAACACCAACACCUUCACCAAAAUCGGCACCGCCAACCCCUACACCAUCUCCAAAAUCUGCUCCGACGACACCAACACCACCUCCGAAAUCUGCUCCUCCAACACCAACACCGACACCUUCACCUAAUUCUGCUCCGCCAAUACCAACACCGACACCUUCACCAAAAUCUGCUCCGCCAACACCAACACCAGCACCAGCACCAAUGAGUCAAGAAAUAUGCCCCAUAGACAUUGUGAAAUUAGGUGGUUGUGUAGAUGUGUUGGGUGGUAUAGUGGGGAUAAGAAUAGGUGGUAGUGCGAAGGAGAAAUGUUGUCCAUUGUUGCAAGGAAUUGCGGAUUUGGAUGCGGCUCUCUGUCUCUGCACUGCCAUUGAAGCCAAGGUACUAAAUGUUAACAUCGUCUUGCCUAUUGCUCUUAAAGUGCUGAUCAACGACUGUGGCAAGCACCCACCUCCAGGAUUCAACUGUCCUACAAAUGACAAAUCAAGUCCACCACCAAAAUCGGCUCCACCAAUUGCAGCACCACCAACACCAACACCGCCACCAACUCAGGCACCAACACCGCCACCAGCUCAGGCAUCAACACCGCCAGCAAUAACACCAGCACCAAUGGAAAAAGCGAUGUGCCCAGUUGACGCUAUUAAAUUAGGCGGAUGUGUGGAUGUGUUAGGCGGAGUACUUGGAAUCGUAGUUGGGGGAAGCGCUAAAGAAAAAUGUUGUCCACUGCUAGAAGGAAUUACCGAUUUGGACGCAGCUCUUUGUCUCUGCACCACUAUAAAAGCCAAGGUUCUCAACGUAAGCAUCGUCUUACCAAUCGCUCUUCAAGUACUCAUCCAAGAAUGUGGGAAGCACCCGCCUCCGGAAUUCACCUGUCCAACAUAGUUUAGCUACGUACGUACUUGCAUGAAAUAAUUCCUAGUGGGGAACAUUAUCCUUUGUUUAUCUACUUUCUGUUUUUGUUUUUGUUGUUCAUAUUUUGUUGACCCACUACGGCUCGCAUCAGAGGUGAACGAAAAGAAAAAACUUGGUGACAGUUAACAGUCACGUAAGUAGAAAGAUGGAGUGUGUGCGUCAAUGUUAGA